AUGGUGUUCGCUUCUCUUGGACGGGUCCUGGCGAUCACGGCCUUGAUAGGGUUGGGUGCUGCUGCUCCGGCGAAGUUGACUUCGAGAGAUGUCUCCGCCGACGUCCUGCAACAGUUGAAUCUGUUCGCGGAAUACUCAGCCGCUUCAUACUGCACGUCGAACAUCGACUCCCCCGGCGACAAGCUAACCUGCUCGGCGGGCAACUGUCCCUCCGUCGAGAAGGCUGAGACGGAGACAUUGAAUGAAUUUUCUGGCUCCGACGAAUUCGGCGACGUAACCGGUUUUUUCGCCGUCGACUCGACUAAUAAGCUCCUGGUCCUGGCCUUCCGCGGCUCCCGCAGCAUCGAAAACUGGAUCGCGAACCUGGACUUCGGUCUCGACAAGGUCGAGGGCCUUUGCUCCGGCUGCCAGGCGCACGGCGGCUUCUACAAGGCCUGGCAGUCCGUAGCCGACGACAUCACGGCCAGCGUCAAGUCCGCCACCGCGGAGUACAAGGACUACAAGCUCGUGUUCACGGGACAUAGCUUUGGGGCGGCGCUGGCGACGUUCGCGGCGACUGCGUUGCGAAACGACGGAUAUGAAAUCGAUCUGUACUCCUACGGCUCCCCGCGCCUCGGCAACAAGGCCCUGGCUACAUACAUCACCGGCCAAGGCACCAACUACCGCGUCACGCACACGAACGACAUCGUUCCGCGUGUCCCGCCCUCUCUCUUGGGCUUCACGCACUGGAGUCCCGAGUACUGGAUCACCAGCGCCAACGGUGUCACUGUCACCGCUGCGGACAUCAAUGUGGUCGAGGGCGUGGGAUCGAGGGACGGUAAUGCGGGCGAAAAGAACCAGAGCGUUUUGGCGCAUUCGUGGUAUUUUAACUCGAUUUUCAAGUGUCUAUAG